AUAUUAUUAAAUUUUGAUUAACUUAUUUGUUAUUAGUAAUCUUUAUUUUCAAUGUUAAUUUUUUAUGUCAUUGUAGUUGAUUUAGAUGGAAAAUAAUCUUAGAUAUUCGAAAUAUGCACUCGUUAAUCGACAGGUAGAACUAAGCAAAUCUGGAAAUAUAACUUCAUCCGAUGAGAAUCCCACUUCGUAUCUCGACAAACAAAUGGUCUUUCCUGGAUCACUAAUAAAAAUUAUUGGAACUUCUGAUGGUAAAGAAAGUCACAAAUGUAUUGUUCAAAUUGUAGAUUUCAAUGCCGUUACAAAUAACCAAUUUUACGAAAUCAAAACGAGUUACUUGGUUAAAGUAGCUGAGGAUAUUUGGCCGUAUGUCAUCAGCAUUGACAAUCUGGAGAGUCGAUUGCGUUUAGUUAACAAUAAAGGACUAUGUAUCUGGUUAACUAACUUAAAGGUUAAUGACAUUUUGUGUGUACAUGGAGAAUUGUUUAAAAGCGGAAACCUAAACUUUGAUUGUAUUAUCCGUUACAUUGGUCCUGUGCAGGAACUCAAUUCCGUAGGAUAUUUUUUUGGAUUGGAAAUUUUGCACCUGAAUAAUGGCCCCUCGCCACAAGCCAAGGAAAUUCCGUUCGCUACAAAGUACAUGCAGUGUGAACCCAGUUUAGCAAUAUUUGCCACAGCUAAUUGGAUAGCACCCAUUUCAAGUGAAUCAAGGCAUAAAUUAUCCGCAAAACAAUUAAUCAACGAAACUAUAGAUCGCGUGUACACAGCUAUUGUACCAUCAACUUUGAAUCUUCAUGCUCAGCGAAGUGAUAAGUACAAGAAACGACAGCCUACAGCUCAUUUUUAUGAUUCAUUGAUAGACACAAACGCAGAUAGGAACACAGAUAAAUACGAUUCGGAAAUAAUGACUGAAUCUAUGAAAGGUGAUGAUACUAUACCGAUGAACGGGAAAAAUAAAUAUAUGGAUCAUAAAUUAUAUUCAAGCAACAUUCCAGUACCUUUAGACCGUAAAGGCUCAAGUCCUUUGAGUUUUCAGAAAAAUACAGCUAACGAAAACGAUAUAUUUGGCCCAAUCAAGAGUACCGAAUCAAAUAUUAAAGAAAGCGAUAACAAUAUUAUAACUAAGAAUGAAACUGAAAAGUCUACUAGGAAUGAGCAUAAUAUAAUCGUUGUUAAUAAUCGUCUAGAAAAAGAAAAUGUUGAUUUAGCCGAUUUGCUUGGUACCAAUUGGCCGACAAAUGCCGGAGGAGCUGGUAUGAUUUUAAACAGAGCGCAAUUAGUGCCAAAGCCACAUGACAAUAAAUUGGAAACACCUGUUCCAUCUAAUUGUACAUAUGAAACUUUUGCGAAACAUAAAGAUAAAUUUUCGCAAGAAUAUACUGCACCCAUAGAAGUCAAAUCUAACCGUGUUUCAGAAUUAAGCAAUAUAAAGUUCCAGAAAUUACAUGAAAUACCUGGAACGAAGCUCACAAUUGGAUCUUUGGUAGAAGUGUUUAAUUCUGGGGUUACUGAUUUGUAUGGCGUAAUUCGGUGGAUCGGAAUACCUUCUAACUCGAAAAACAUAUUGGUUGGAAUUGAAGUCGAGGAUGAUCCAAGCUUAAGGAAUCUUAACACAUCCGAUGGAACUUAUAACGGCGUUCGAUUAUUUCAGUGUCGUGAAGGGGGAGCCAUUUUUGUUCCGUCCAACAAAUGUGCAAGCGAUCGAAGGUUUGUGGAUAUAGAGGGCAGUUAUUCAUUUGGCGCGGUCUCAACGGACAGAAACUCUAUCAAAUUUGGUCAUGUUGAUUGUCCUUCAGUGCUAGGAGCUGUCCCACCGUUAGUUAUAAAAGAUAUAGAUGGAUUGGAAGACAUAUGCGGAAAAUUUAAAGGCAUUCAAGGGCAUCACAAUUCGUGUUAUUUAGAUGCAACAUUGUUUUCCAUGUUUACUUUUACGAGCGUAUUUGAUUCCAUUUUAUAUAGAAAACCAAACUCUGAGGACAUUUCACAUUAUAGUGCUGUACAAAAUGUGUUGCGUGAUGAAAUAGUUAAUCCAUUACGAAAAAAUGUUUUUGUGCGAGCAGACCGUGUCAUGAAAUUGCGUACAUUUUUGGAUCAACUUAGCUCUGUAAGUGGUUUAACCAGUGAGGAAAAGGAUCCAGAAGAGUUUUUAAACAGUUUACUAUCACAAAUUAUGAGAGUGGAACCAUUUUUAAAGCUAAGCUCUGGACAAGAUUCUUAUUUUUAUCAACUAUUUGUAGAGAAGGAUGAACACCUUACGUUUCCAACUGUCCAGCAACUGUUUGAACAAAGCUUUCAUUCAUCCGACAUAAAAUUAAAAGAAGUUCCGUCAUGCCUUAUUAUUCAAAUGCCUCGAUUUGGAAAAAGCUACAAAAUGUAUCCUCGCAUUUUACCUUCGCAAGUUCUGGAUAUAACAGAUAUUAUUGAAGACUCUCCACGUCAGUGCUCCGUUUGUGGAAAACUUGCUGAAUUCGAAUGCCGAGAAUGUUUUGGUAGCUUGCAGCUAGGCUCUGGUCUCGAGUGUACAGCUUUUUGUCAAAAAUGUCUUAAAGCAGUUCAUAUGCAUGAAAAAAGAUCUCAUGAAUCAAAGAAACUGUCUGUGCCAGGAGACUUCAAAGUAAUGGCCGAUAACAUGACCUUACCCCGUCUUUAUAUGGAGCUAUUCGCUGUUGUAUGCAUAGAAACAUCGCAUUACGUAGCAUUUGUGAAAACAGGCUCUGGACCAGAUGCUCCUUGGUGCUUUUUUGAUUCAAUGGCAGAUAGAAAAGGUGAAAAAAACGGAUAUAAUAUACCGGAAAUGAUAUCUGUUCCUGAAUUACCUGAGUGGUUAUCUGAUGAGGGCGCUCGGCAUAUUAAUGAAAGGUCCGCAAACGACAAAGCCUUACCUGAACACGCUAAGCGUCUAUUUUGUGACGCAUAUAUGUGUAUGUACCAAAGCACAGAUGUUAUGAUGUACCAUUAAUGAUGUAUUUGUUAGUAAACUUUAAUAUAAUUUAAAUUAAUA